AUGUCAGAGUACGGGAAACUCUUCAACGCCAACCCCUACCCAUAUCCUCAGCCUCCGUUGGAGUCUUCAUCCUACUACGGCUCGAUUCCCCCCAGUCUCCGAGGGAGCCUAGGAAGCCAGGAGUCUUUCUCUAACUUUAACAGUUUCCGCACGAGUGUGGGAAGUCAAGCCUACGUCUCCCGCUUUCAGGAACAUAUGAACAUCAGCCAGGCACGCUCUCCGGUGCCUCCAGAUCUCUCUCCUGACUGGACUGAGACCGGGGCGCUCACAGAGACGAUCUCCUCUCAACAGGCGACUGACGACCCUCCCGGGUCACCAGAAAUGGAGGAAACUGUUAAAGCCAUAGAAAAGGUCCCGACAAUCACCUUGCCGGACAACACCGAGACUACUAAGAUCGGCGGCUCUAUCAGUGCUACAUUGAACACAGCUGCUGCCCCGACUCCCGAAGACCCAAUUAACGCCUCAAUCCUCCGAGUUCAGAGGAGCGAAGUAAAUCUACGCCCUCCUAAUCUGGCUGGGGAUAUUCGAAAGCAGACCAGCACUCCAAGUUUCCGGGAUUCGCUUACCUCCCCUCCCUCUGAAAGCAGCCGCUCCAGCAUUUUUGGUAGUCUCAGAAGGAGUAAGAUAACUGCCCCUCCCGCGCCGGUUGAUCUCCCCUACGUUAUCCCGCCUCUCACCCACAUCCAACCACCCGCACCGCCUCCCAAGCCGCUUGCUCCGCCGGGUCCUGCAGAUCUUCCAUACGUUCUUCCCCCGCUCACCUACAUCCAAGUACCCGGUGAACCUAUCCCAAGUGCCAUCAUUUCUGCACCUCCGAUGGUCACCGUCACCCAGCCGUCACCUCUAGCACGCCCAGCGGCCAACCUCCAACUCGAGCACACCAAGGAUGCCGGAGAGGACGUUCACGUCCCUACCCCAGUCAACCUCAUCUCCCAACUCCGCGUCGAGCAGUCUGUCCGCACCUCAACUAGCCGCGAGCGUAUCUCAAUGGACGUCCACCGCUCCACAGCCCUGCAAAUGAACAUCGCCGAACAGCGCUUCGCCGCCCGCGCCACCAUGACCGACAAAGAACGGCGCGAAGCAGAGAAGAGGUCACUCCGCGUGAAGGCCGAGCUCGACAAAUUCAACAAGGAGGAAGAGAAGCAAGCCGCCAUUCGCACCAGGAAGCAGGCCGCGGAAGAGCUUAAGAGACUCAAAGUCGAGGAUAAGGAGGCGGAGAUGGCGAUUAGGGCAAGGGAUAAGGAGAGGAGGAAGAUUAGGAAGCAGUUGGAGAGACGUCAUGGGAGUAUGGAGAGGUUUGCGCAGAGCGGGUUUCAGAUGAAGAUUGAGAACUUCGCCAGGAAGAUGAAGAGCUGGGUUGGGUUGGGGCCGGAUCCGGGAUGGGAAUAG